GAAUUAAGAAAAAAAAAUUGAAGAAACAGAAAAUACGUACAAAAGUUGAACAGAGAAAGGAGUAUAUAUACUUUCGAGGAAGAUUUUUCAAUAUUUCGUUAGGAACUAAACGAUUAUGGGAUAAGCGCAUAGAAGAGCGCAUUUCUACGAUAUGGAAUAAUAUCGACGGGUUCGUAAAUGAACGAAGCUGUGUCAGCGUAUUCGUGUCCUGAUCGUCGAUAUAGCCGUAAUUCGCAGUUAUAUGGUACAACGUGAUAUCAGGCGCCGUUCGAUUAUCGAAAGUACGACUUUUGGAAUAUGAUGACGUAGGAAAUCGGUGUUCACGUUCGUUACUCUUUCGGUUAUCCAGUAGUAAAAGAACCCGCCAUAAUAGCGCCAUUUUGGCGGGAGGUAAAAUGAAAAAUGAGCGGGAAGCUUAACGUGAGAAAAGCUUCUAGAAAACGCAAAUGACUUUCUUGCGUUUGCCAGGAAAGUGUUUGGAAACGAUGGAUGGAGGUGCGAGGGGAUUCGAAAAUAACUUCGUCCUGUGGAUAUGAGAAUGAGAAAGAGAGAGAAAGAGGAAGAGGGAGAGAUAGUCAUCACUCCGCUGGUACUCUCGCAUGCUUUUGCUUUUACGAGUCCAGUGUGUUUCGAUAGACGAAGAACGCGUGUUUCACCUUUUCAACACGAAGGGAAAAGAGGGAGAGACGUGUACGAGAUUUUGCGGACGAUGUAGAUAUAUUCGGAGGAAUUUCGUAGCAAAAAUAACUAUGGUAGGCCAACGGUGGCUACCCCCGGCAUCAAGAUACUUCAUCAGAAGAAAGUGGAAAAAGAUAAGAAAAAUAUGUCUGGGCAGAAAGUGAAAUACGUGAACAAGCAAUUCAACUCUCCUAUCAACUUGUAUUCACCGCAAGCUAUACAGGAGACUUUGGAGAGGCAAACUCAGGUUCUGGCUAAUGGAGCAGUCGGGAUCGACUUCAAUCAACUGGCCAAGCCGGCAAAUUUACAAAACAGCGCUGUUCUACGUAUGCUCGAAGAGGAGGAAGCAAGACAACGAGGUGGUCAACCAAAUUUGAAACGUGUUGCUUGGCCACCACCUCCUGAAGAUCAAGAUCUUGACUUCGUUGAACAAGGACCUGUACAAGCGAAGACCCGUGGUAUCGGUGAGGUUCCCUCGUACCAGAGCAGUCCUUCAUCAGGUCCAUCACCCCAACCACCGUCAACGAUAGCUCGUUCAUCGACUCAGAGUGUCCUUCCAUCAUCUCCGUCGCCAUCGAUCAGUCCAAGUGGAACACUUCUACGACAACCAUCGCAUUUUCAACAACCAUUUGCACCUAAAGGUUGGGCACCUGUUACACCACCUGCUACUUCACCUAUACUACAACAACAUCCUCUUCAAACUUGGUCUAAUCAACCACAACCACAACAACAACAACAACAACAACAACAACAACAACAACAACAACAGCAACAGCAAGCUCAGACUACAUGGAAGCAGCACUCUCAAGAGCAUAACGAGCGAACGAGACAACAGAAUCAACCGUAUCAAUCUUACGGUCCUGCAUCUUACGAAGCACCACCGUCUACUAUUGUUCUUAGACCGGAGCCUCCGAUCUCACAGGCACCAGCACCGGUGUACCAAGCACAACCUGCUGCAACGAAAGCUCCAAUCAGUGGUAACAUGAGAGGAGAUCUCAAAUGGCCACCACCUUCCGUAAAAGCACAAACGGAAGCUGAGAAUAGAGCCAGGAUGGAAUUGGCUAAAGGACCUGCAUUCAGGCCACGCCGAGUUAACAAGGAUUACAGCGGAUUUUUUGCUCAACAUGCUCUUAACAAUAGCUAUCCAGGUUACAGAGCUCCACCAGGAACUCAAUACUUUACUCCAUCUUAUCAACAUUAGCAGAGGCAUUCUAUAAUAUAUUCGCAUUAUAUUUUCGCCUUAAUAUUAUAUAGAUUUUUUUUAGGAUAUCUGCGCAAAUUCUGAUAAUGCCAAUCGACGAAUUACUUGAAAUGAAGUUUCACGUUUCUCAGGUUCUUUUUUUUUUUUUUCUUUUUUUCUUUUCAAAAUUAGAUUCAUCGAGAGAAAUGAUAUGACUGACUCUUUAUUGAUGAAUUAUUUUAUUUAACAUAAUUUUAAUAUAUUACUCAUCUCUUUUCAUAUAGAUAGGUCUUGGCAAGCUCGUUGUACAGAUUUCCUGUGUCGAGAAUAUAUAUAUACAUAUACAUAUAUAUAUACAUAUACAUAUAUAUAUAUAUAUAUAUAUAUAUAUAUGUAUAUGUAUAUAUGUAUGUAUGUAUCUAUUUACAGAGACUGACCGACCCGUAAAUUAUCAUAAUUUUACAUCAUUCUAUCUUUCUUUUUUUCUUUCCUUUCUUUUUUCUUUUUUUUUUUUUUUUCUUUAGUCGCAUAAACAUUUUGAUAAGAAAAAAAAAUUAUGAAACAAAUUUAUGCACAAGUAUGCUUUCUACGUUUCUUUUUCUUUCGUGUUGACACUUUUAGAGAUCAUGACAUAUAUAUAUAUACGUUUUUAAAUGAAAAAGUUCAUAGCAAAAUGAUAUGCGAAAAUUGAAUGCCCGAAUAAUGCUAGAAAUAAACAAAGAAUAUUUAAACGAUCAAACGAUAUCGAAUUAAUAUAUAGAAUAAUAUCAAUAGACGAACGAGAUAUUCGAAUGUUAUAUAAUUAAUUAUAUUAUGGAAUCGAAGAAAACACAUUAACGCACUAAAGCAUAAUUUGAUGUCGCAUAGUAGUUUUUUUUUCUUUUUUAUUUUUUUUCUUUUUCUUUUUUUUUUUUCUUUUUUUCUUUUUUUUUCUAUAAAACGUAUCUCUUUUUAUAAUAAAAUUUGGCACUAACGUGUCUAUGAAUAACUAACGAUACGUUUGUAAUUAUGUAAUUUAUUGUUGUGGAGAGAUAAAUAAAAUGAUCUUUACAAA